GACUGUUUCCAUGUGUUGGCAAACAGUUCCAUAGAAUCCAGCUUCUGGGAACCAACCAGCAGCAUGCAGUGACAUUGCAUCAUUGGGCUCUGGAACCAGACAUAUCAGCUGCAGAGCACAGAGGAGCCUGCUCACAUCACCGACAUGAGAGGCACCAGCAUCAGAGAGGGUGCUCCUAAGAUCCUGUUGGCCAGGGCACUUUAUGACAACCGUCCUGAUUGCUCUGAUGAGCUCGGUUUCUCCAGAGGGGAUAUCCUGACCAUUGUUGAGCAAAAUGUGCCAGAAAGCGAAGGCUGGUGGCAGUGCCUGCUCCACGGGAGGCAAGGCCUGGCGCCCGCCAACCGCCUCCAAGUCCUGGGAGAGACCCCUGCAGACAGACCCUGUGCCCUGCUCCUGAGAGGCCUGAACACAGAUUCCACCAGCUCGGAGGCACCUUACCAGGUGUCCAACUUGUUCUCCCCACCACCCCCGGGUCCUGUGUAUGAACCGAUGAGGAGCUGGGUAGAGGGGCCGCCGCCAGCUACUGCCCAAGUCUACGAAUUGCCUGACUCACCUUCCAGUGCCAAGAUUAUCUGUGAAAAGACUCUGAGCUUCCCCAAGCAGGCCCUCUUUGUGCUUCCCAGACCGACGAGGGCCUCCUUGCCAACGCUUCCUUCCCAGGUGUAUGACGUGCCUGCUAAGAGGCAAAUCUCCUCCACUCUUGAGAGGCCGGAGAAGCAGCCAUUCUAUGACAUACCCACCAGUUCCCAGAAGGCUGUGCUUCACUCGUCCACCAGCCAGGCAAGUGGACAGGGACAGUGUGUUACGCUAACACCAACAAUGGCCUCCAGACAAGGUGGUUGCUAUAACCCGGUAUCCAGCCCUCAGAAGUCAGAAUGGACUCAUGUGUUGCUGGAAAAGGCUGAUGUCAGAAAUGUAUCUAUGACCAGCUUCGCCAAAGAAUCGGGAUCCAGUACCAUUCCAGGUGCCUCUGCUGUCCACACUGGAGCUGUGGCCCUCUCCUCACAGCUGGGGAACACUAUGCAGAAGAAAAGCAUCCUCCCAGAAGAACCUUCCUAUGCCAUCCCGAUGCCCAGGGACCCGCUUCCUUCUGAUGCAGGUAGCAGCUACAAGGUUCCUUCCAGGUUUCUCAUUCCCAGAGUGGAACAACAAAACACCAAGCCAAACAUUUACGACACCCCUAAAGCCUUGCAGGGUUUGCCUCUGGCUGGAAAGGAGCUGGAGAAAGGCAGAGAGACUCCAGAGAAUUCCCCCUGCAUCUCCAGACAGACAAGUUUCCUGUCUCCUGACUCAGACCGAUUAUCUGUUGCUAGCUCAGACAGCAGGGCUAGCAUAGUAUCUUCAUGUUCUUCCAUAUCCAUGGACUCCUCCCCUGGCUCUUCCUCAGAGGACUCCAUGAAGGAGCUAUGGACGGACCUGGACUUUGCAAAAGAGACAGCAGUGUCUCUGCAACACAAAGUGGCCAGCUCAGCGGCAAGCCUGCUCCUCUUUGUAAGCAGGACUUGGAGGUUCAAAGACUCCUUGGAAACCAAUAUCAACAGAAUCCACAGGGCCGUUGACCAUGUAGAGGAAUCUGUAAGAGAGUUUCUGGAUUUUGCCCAAAGGGUUGGUGGGACCGCCUGCAAUCUUACAGAUAGCUACCUUCAGGCUAGGAUUAAAGAUCAGCUCCAGACAAUCUCUAGCUCCUACCAGACACUGCUGGAUGCCAAGGGAAGCCUGGACCGCUGCAAUUGGUCCCUGGAAGUUCUCGUGAUGGACAAAGUCCAAAACAGCGUGGAUGACCUGGAGAGGUUCGUCUCGGUCGCACGAGUAGUUCCAGAAGACGUCAAGAGGUUUACCUCCAUUGUCAUUGCCAAUGGGAAGCUCCUGUUCAAGCAGAACUGUGAGAAGGGAGAGACAGACUUGAAGUGUGAAAGAUGCAUCCAGCCUCCUCAGAGAGAAACUGAGUCGUACCAGGAGCGCAGCCCCUUCAACAGACAACAACCGGCAACCGAACGCUCCUUUGAACUAGCAAAGAAAAGCAGAGUGAAUGUCUGUGGGCAGAAGUCACCUAACCUACAAGAGAAAGGGAAGCCCACCAAGGAAGGAAAGUCAAAGGGAAACCAAGACUUCCAUGGCCCGAGUCCAACCUCUGUUACCCCAUCUCCCAGUGGGCAGAACACAGAGAGGAAGAUCCACCUGUCUGAGCACAGCAGGCUCUAUUUCGGAGCACUCUUCAAAGCCAUCAGUGUCUUUGCCAGCAGCCUCAGCAACAGCCAACCCCCCGAGGUCUUCAUCACUCAGAGCAAGCUGGUCAUCACGGUUGGGCAGAAGCUGGUGGACACACUGUGCAGUGAGACCCAGGAGAAAGAUGAGCGAAAUGAGAUUCUGUGUGGCAGCAGUCACCUGUGUGGCCUGCUCAAGGACAUGGCUCUGGCCACCAAGACUGCAGUGAUCCAGUACCCGAGCCCCAGUGCUCUGAGCCUCCUCCAAUCAGAGGUGGAGAAACUAGAGCACCACUCUCGGAAAUUCAGAGACACAUUGGAAUGAAGCUGAUGGAGGUCAACUCCUGCAAGUUUCAUACUCACCACUCUGUUCUGUGGAAAAGCCAAUCAGAAUGGCUGAAACAGCCAUGGGUCUCGGAACCAGUGUUAGUAAGUGGCUAAGCCUCUGAAGGAGGCUCUUCUCUAGAGUCUGACCUCUCUUACCCCAGUGGUAAGGUCUCCCAGUGGGCAGAACACAGAAAGAAAGGUCCAUGAGGAGGUCAAGAAAGAGAGGCAGGACCUUGAGAUGCUGAACUCACUGUCCCAAGGUAUACAGCAUCGUCAGGGGAAGUGGCAUUGUAGAAGCCAUGUUUUGUGUCAGUCAAAUGUGUGUGUGGUUUACAGUCAUUCUACACUUACUAGGCAGCACCUAAGGUCAAGGUCAAGGGGCUGAAGAGACAGCAGCGUGUCAAAGGCUCUGACCUCCCAGAGUCACCAUCUGAUUGGGAAGGGACAAAGAAUUAUCUGUAGUCUGUUCGAUGCUCAUGAGAAAAGAAACUGGGAAAGAGGGAGAAUGGAGAAGGAGAAAAGAACUUUCCCCAAAGGAUUGAUUCCUGUUGCGUUCUUUAGGAAAGUGCGGGGAUCACGACUUAAGUUUAGCAGUCAGGAGGCAGAAGUGGACAGACAGACCUUAAUGUGACUAGUCCACAGUGAGCCACAAGCCAAAGGCUAUAUAUUGAGAACCUAUUUUUUUUAAGCGUCCCCAAAAGUAAUGAGUUUGCCUUUUUUAUCAGUUGUUUUAGAUUAAUACUGUGAGAUAUAUUCAAAUUGUAUAUUCAUGAAUGUGCGUGCACGCAUUUGUGUGUGUGUGUGUGCAUGUGUUGCUAGAAACUGAAUCUAGGGUUUCACAAAUGCUAAGCAUGUACUUUGCCACAAAGAUUGACCCCUAGUCCCCCGAAAUGUAUCUUUGCUGUUACUUCACCCCAAAGAUGAUGGUUAUAUACUCCGUAAGAGACGAUGGUUAUGUGCUGUUGGGUCCCCUACUAACUUAUUUUGUGUUACAAAUCCUGUAUCAAUUGGUUCCCCUGUUCAGUUAGGUUUAUAUUUCACUAGUCUCAAAUCUGUUAUAUUAUUUAUCUAUAAUCAUGGGAUUAAACACAUUUGCAAGGCCCUGAGAGAUGGCUCAGGAGGUAGAGGCACCUACCCCCAAUCUGGUUUCCUGAGUUCUAUCCCAGGGACCCAUGUGGUGGAAGGAAAGAACUGACUCCUCAUAACUGUCUUCAGACAUCCACACACAAGAUAAAACGAAACUUGUAAUUAAAAACUUAAACCAUAUGAGCA